AUGGCCUCUCGACUCUUUGACGGACUCGUUCUCCCUGCCUCGGCGGACUUCCAUGUCCAUCUCCGUGAAGGUGCCAUGUUGGAAGCCGUAGCUCCGACAAUCAGACAGGGCGGUGUCGAGACUGUCUUUGUGAUGCCGAAUCUCGUCCCUCCUAUCACCACUGUCGAGCAUGCUCUGGCGUACAAGGCGGCCAUUGCGAAGUACACGGACGUAACUUGUCUGAUGUCUCUCUAUCUGCAUCCGUCCAUUACGCCGGAUACGAUCAGGCAGGCGAAGAAGGCGGGUCUUUUGGGCAUCAAAUCCUAUCCGGCCGGCGUAACUACCAACUCAGCUUCUGGUGUCGUCGACUACGAGCAGUUCUACCCAGUGUUCAAGGCUAUGGAAGAAGAGGAUUUGGUUUUGAACCUACACGGUGAGGCGCCGCCUGGGCAGGAUAUCACAGUGCUGAACGCUGAGGAGGCUUUUCUGCCCACACUACUCGAUCUACACGACCGAUUUCCCCGAUUGCGCAUCGUCCUUGAACACUGCACCACGGCCAUUGCCGUCGAAGCUGUGAAGAAAUGCGGCCCCAACGUCGUAGGCACCAUCACGGCACAUCACCUCUUUCUCAUUGUUGAUGACUGGGCCGGCGAUCCGAUCAACUUUUGUAAACCAGUCGCCAAGCUUCCCCGUGACCGUGUGGCUUUGCUGAAGGCUGCAACCAGCGGGAGUCCCAAGUUCUUCCUCGGUACGGAUUCCGCACCUCAUCCAUGGAGAGCAAAGAAGGGAGGGAUGGGGGUGUAUGAGACGGGAAAAUGUGCGGCUGGAGUAUUUACACAGCCGUACGCGACACAAUUGGUGCUCGAGGCUUUCGAAGAUGCCGUGAUCAAGGGAGCUAUUGACAAGAGCGAAGUGGCCAAGGUUGUCCUUGAAGGUUUCCUGGGCGAAUUCGGUCGAACUUUUUACCGAGUUGAAGCCAGUGGUGCCAAAAUCAAAAUAUCCGCUAAAGAGGAGAAAGUAAUGUCCGAGCUAGCCGUGGGAGGAGGUGGAGCAGACUCAUCGACAAAAGAGGUCGUUGUCCCUUUCAGGAGAAAUUGUCCCAUUUACUCUCUUGAGUGGCUUUCUGAUAAAUGA